GACUAGAGUCUACAGAUGCAUGCGUAUAUGUGGUAGAGAGGCACUAACUUAGAGAGGAGAUAAGAUUAUAGACUAUUUGUAAGGCUAAGGCUUAUAUACUCAUUAGCGGUUAGCCUCUCAAGCAAAAGCGAAAAAAGAAAGGAAAAAACAUGGCCUCUGCAUCACUUCUCAAGUCAUCACCAGUCCUUGACAGGUCUGAGUUCGUGAAGGGUCAGUCCCUCCGCCAACCUUCUGCCUCCAUCAUCCGGUGCCACCCCGCCUCCUCCUCAGCCCUCACCAUUCUUGCUGGCUCCUAUGCUGAUGAGCUUGUCAAGACUGCGAAAACUGUUGCAUCACCUGGACGUGGAAUUUUGGCCAUGGAUGAGUCCAAUGCUACAUGUGGGAAACGUCUUGCAUCAAUUGGGCUAGAAAACACUGAGGCUAACCGCCAGGCAUACCGUACCCUUCUUGUGACAGCUCCUGGCCUUGGCCAAUACAUUUCUGGUGCCAUCCUAUUUGAGGAGACUCUCUACCAAUCCACCACUGAUGGCAAGAAGAUGGUGGAUGUUCUUAUCGAGCAAAACAUUGUCCCUGGUAUCAAAGUCGACAAGGGUUUGGUGCCUCUACCUGGAUCCAACAAUGAAUCAUGGUGCCAAGGUCUUGAUGGUCUUGCCUCCCGCACAGCUGCUUACUACCAGCAGGGUGCUCGUUUCGCUAAAUGGCGUACUGUUGUGAGCAUUCCCAACGGCCCAUCUGCUCUGGCAGUGAAGGAAGCUGCAUGGGGUCUUGCUCGCUAUGCUGCUAUUUCUCAGGACAAUGGAUUGGUCCCAAUUGUUGAGCCAGAAAUCUUGCUUGAUGGUGAGCAUGGCAUUGACAGGACUUUUGAAGUAGCACUCAAGGUGUGGGCUGAGGUUUUCUACUACUUGGCAGAGAACAAUGCCCUGUUUGAGGGCAUUCUUCUCAAGCCUAGCAUGGUCACUCCUGGAGCUGAAUGCAAGGACAAGGCCACCCCUCAGCAGGUUUCAGACUACACCCUGAAGCUCCUCAAGAGGAGAAUCCCCCCAGCAAUUCCAGGAAUCAUGUUUUUGUCUGGUGGGCAAUCUGAGGUUGAAGCAACCCUGAACCUGAACGCCAUGAACCAAGGUCCAAACCCAUGGCAUGUGUCCUUCUCAUAUGCAAGGGCUCUCCAGAACACUUGCCUCAAGACCUGGGCUGGCAGACCUGAGAAUGUGAAGGCUGCUCAGGAGGUACUUCUUGUCCGCGCCAAGGCCAACUCUCUUGCUCAGCUUGGCAAGUACACAGGUGAGGGAGAAUCAGAAGAAGCCAAGAAAGGAAUGUUUGUCAAGGGCUACGUGUACUAAGCUAUAGAAUGAAGGUGGAGGAGAAGAGAAAUCAAAUCCAAGAUUAAAUUUCUCAUGAUUGUGUGUUAAAUGCUUUAUAGCCUGAAUACUAUUUUUUUUCUUUUUUACAUGUACUUUUAGCCACUUAAUAAUCCUCUUGCUGAUGAGAUUA